UGGGACAUCUCCCACAAAUCCUAGAGAUCAUAUUCGUGUUCCUGAAGGCGUUCAAUCAACGUUUGAAUGUCCUCUCCCUGCUAGCCUCCUCCUCACGCCACCGAUUAGAACCGCUGGAAUCCCUCAGAAUGUUCCCCAAGUUCACCGCUGCGUUCAUGGCCGUCGCGAUCGCUUUCGUGCAAAUCAAUGCUGAGACCCACACGGUGACCUUCACCAACGAUUGUGGCACUGGUUAUCCGAUCUUGAGAGCUCAAGACGGUACCAUCUUGUCUACUGGCGGGGCGUACACUAUCGACGGACCGCUCAUUGGCGCCAUCGCAUAUCUUCAAACCGGUGGCUGCGGUGAUAACGGAGAGUAUUGCACGCUGAUCGAGACAACGCUCGAGAACGGAGCUAGCAGCACUGACAUUUCUCUCAUCCCUCCUCACGAGUUCUCAGUCACCAGCGGCUUCGGUUACUACGACGGCUGUGACGGUGCUGGUGCAGAUUGCACUUCCGCGGACUGCACGACUGCUUUCCAUACACCCGACCAAACUUGGGUGCAAGUGCCGUGCACAGUUGACAACGAGAACCUCGCCAUCACGUUCUGCGACUAGGCGGGAAAGAUUGGCGUCGUACAAGUGGGCAUACGCUCUCAACGAUGUUGUAUGAAUAUCAGAAUGUUGUUGAGACUCUUAAUGAGUGCCUGUAAGAUUCAAUGUUGUACUCUAUACGUACUCAGUCCAGACCAAUAUCUUA